AUGACGGUGGAUCCUGAGCUUUCGUCCGCACAUGCGAAUCUGCAAAAGGAAUUCCACGCUUUAGAAAGCAGCAAGGGUCAGAAUGAACAAGCACUAAAGGCUGUCGGCACGCAACUCGCGCUGCUCAAAGUCAUGCUGACAGAGCGGGACAUACUUUACCCACAGUUCGUAGAUCUUGCACAGCAGAAGGAUGCUCUUUUGCUUGCACGCGACGUCCUGGAGAUUGGCGCGCUGUGGAGUAUCCGUGCACAGGACACGACGAGCUUCGAUCGUUACUGGAGCCAGCUCGUGUCAUUUUACUUGGACCUAGGAAAUGCUCUGCCUCGAUCAAGCAACUAUGAGCCGAUUAUUGGGCUUUCGCUUCUCCGUGAUCUCUCAACUAACUCGAUUGCAUCAUUCCACAUCGCCCUUGAGUCACUGCCGAUGGAACUGGUACGUGACUCUCCCUAUAUCCAGCACCCUGUUCUGCUAGAGCGAUGGCUCAUGGAGGGCUCCUACUCGAAUGUAUGGCGCGAGCGUGAAAAUGUUCCGCGCGACGAAUACCGUUUCUUUGUGAACAGUCUUAUGGUGACCAUUCGCCACGAGAUUGCUUCAUGCGAAGAAAAGGCGUAUGACACACUCCCGCUCAACGAUGUUGCCACACUGCUGUUCUUCGACAGCUUACCAGAAGUGCUGGAGUUUGCUAAAGAACGUGGCUGGCAUGUGAAUCCAACGAAUCAGACCGUUGAGUUUGCGAACAAGACGACAGAGUCUUUGGAUGAGCAUGAACAAAUCCCGAAACGCUCUACCAUUACCACGAACUUGCACUUUGCCAAAGAACUCGAAAGCAUUGUAUGA